UGUUUGCAGUUCCACCAAAGAGACAUUUCCCCUCACAUGGUUUCAAAUAAGCAGCUGUUUGAGGCCCAAAGAAGUAAAACCCUCCAAUAUUUCACGUAAAUGCAAAGAUUAAAGAAAAGUUCUGAAAAAUUAAUCCAAAUUUAUGUAGCAGAACUACAUCAUUUUUUCUCCUUUCCUACCCAAUCUAUCAUCUCAAAUCCUCUCAGAUUUAUACCAGAUUUUUAUUAGAUUUUUUAAAGUAUUUUUACAUUGUAGUAUUGAGACUUAAGUAAAGGAUCUUUACUCUAAUCUUUGGUGACACCAAGUAACUCCUUCACUUUGCAUCUUGUUUGAGUGUCUGCAGUGAUUUUCCUAAACAGAUGCAGAGUUUUUUCUGGAGAAAGCUCUAAUUUCCAUACGACAGAUGGAAGCAACCUUGCUCAGUUGCUGUUUCUGCCACAGUUUCUGCAGCACUAUGUUCUUUAGCUCUGAACAUUAUAAUAACUAUGGAACUGUUACUCCGAACUUCUGUCUUUUUGUGGAUUGUUGUUGGGUUUCUAUCGUUAUCUGAGACGUCUGAAUCCUGUUCAGACAAUGACGACCUCUCGCUGUGUGAAUUUGUUAUCGGAAAUGUCUGUUUUGAGUUAGUUCGGGGGAGUAAAACCUGGUCCCAAGCCAGGAGCAGCUGUGAAAAGCGAGGAGGAGAGCUACUAAGGGUGAUUAACAGCCCCAUCAAAAUUUACCUGAAGAACAUCACCAGAGAGAGAAACAUCAGCAACUUCACCUGGUGGCUGGGGGAAGGGGUUCGAGAAAAGUACCAGGAACCCACUAUGGAUAAUGGUGGCGUUUCCAGUGACGACUGCACAUACGUGAAGCUGAAUCCUCUUCAGCUCAUCACUACAUCUGACUGCAACCAGAAACGUGGCUCCCUCUGCACCCACAAUUUGUGGCCUGCAUCCAACACAAAGAAUUUACUGUCCAGUCACGCAACCAGAUCUCGGCUCAAGAGGAGCGUAAACACCAUGGCUUUGCACGUCACAGACAUUAACAAACUUCUCCUGGAAGCAGAUAAAGAACUCCUGCGAAUGGAAACAGAAGCAGGGGAGCCGACAAAUGACAACAGGGACAAAUUCAUUCAGUAUUUGUUGGAAGCUACUAAAAAACUGACGCCGACAUUUGCGUUGCAAAACAGUGACACUGUCAGUCACAUCAUCAACUGUGGCUCUGGCAUCCUCCUUCUCUCAAUGAAAAAAUGUGAUAUCCUGACAAACCCAAACCCUAAGUCUUUAUUUGAGCAGGUCUUUGAGAUCUUUCGGAUGGUUUCUCUGCUGCUGGGUUCGGCAACCAAUCAGAGAAUUGUUAUUAAGCACUCAACAGGCUAUAUCUAUCAGGGCAGUUAUGCACCUGCUGACCUCAGCAACGCAGUGCUGGGUUCAGAAAAAGAUGGUGAGUUCAUCAGACUCCCCUCAUAUGAAGCACUCAAGCCUCAGCUUGGACGUUACAGCACAAUCAUCACUCAGAUGGCCACGUUCUCAGGGAAUCCCCAUCUGUCUGAUGACAACAUCUCAGGAACUGUUUGCAGCCUUUUACUCAGUGAUGGAGUCUCAGACAUCAGGUUGGAAAACCUGACAGAGAUGAUAGAGAUCUUCAUGCCUCAUCCAAAUGCGUCACUGAUAAAUAGUACCGUUGUGUUGGAGAAAAACACAAAAGCGCUGACCACAAUCAAUGUCUCGGACCCUAACGUGACCAUCUUCUUCAGCGCGGAGCCCAGUGAAAAUGUGUCACUGGUUGUUAUGUUGUCGCAAGGGUCACCUCCUAAUUCUACCUAUGUUAGAAACACAACCAUCCUGAGCCAAACAGGAGGCUACCGUUGGAUGAUAACCCCAGAGAUGUUGCAGCAGACUCCUGGGGUCUGGUAUGUCGACACUAGACUCUUCAAUUCCACAUGGGAACCAGGCCUGACACUGACGACCACAUCUUUUAUGAGCAAGUGCUUGUACUGGCACAAAGGCAGGCAGACAUGGAGCACUGAUGGCUGUCAGGUGGGUGAGAAAAGUACUCCAGAGCAAACACAAUGUCUGUGUAACCACCUCACUCUCUUUGGGAGUUCCCUCUUUGUGAUGCCGAACUACGUGGACAUAAGUCGCACAGCAGAGUUGUUUGCGACGGUGUCUCGCAAUUAUGUGGUGCUGGCGCUGCUGUGUGCUUUCUUCGGCCUCUACCUGGUCACUCUGCUGUGGGCCUGCUAUGCCGACCGCAGGUCACGCUCCAAGAGGAAGAUGACUCUGCUGGAGGACAACCAUCCAGGUGCUCAGUACAACUACCUGAUCAGUGUCCAAACUGGCCAUCGUAAGAAUGCCGGGACUAGUGCCAAUGUCACAGUGAAGCUGAUUGGCUCUGAGGGAGAGAGCGACACACACAACCUCACAGACCCUGAAAAGCCUGUGUUUGAGAGAGGAGCUGUCGAUAUGUUCCUGUUGGCCACACCCUUCCCACUGGGUGAAGUGCGAAACCUCAGGCUGCAGCACGACAACUCCGGAGGUCAUCCCUCAUGGUAUAUAAACAAGGUGACCAUACAGGACCUCCAAACAAGACACGUUUUUCACUUCCUCUGUCAAUGCUGGCUGAGUGCUGACCGCGGAGACGGCAUGACCAAGAAAACUUUCAAUGCUGCAAAGAACAACGAGAUUGCCAGCUUCAGGAAUAUUUUCCAGAGCAGAACGUCGACUGGCUUCAGGGAUGAACACAUCUGGGUGUCCAUAGUGGAUCCCCCCUCAAGGAGUCCGUUCACACGUGCCCAGAGAGUCUCUUGCUGCAUGAGCCUGCUCCUCUGUACCAUGGCCAUCAAUAUCGCCUUUUGGAACAUUCCCACAGAUGAGGACUCGCCAGUACUCUUCUCCUUUGGUUCAUUGAAAAUCACCUGGCAGGACGUCAUGGUGGGGGUCGAGAGUGGUCUUCUCAUGUUCCCAAUCAACAUCCUCAUCAUCACCAUCUUCCGAAGCAUCAGACCCCGCAUCAUUUCAAAAUCACAAAAAGCCGACUCUGAGGAUAACUUGAGACCCCAAGCAGUUACCAUACCAACCAUUCUAAAGGAUACAGAGGAGGUGAUUUCUUUGGUGAGCAGAAGUCAGAGGAACAAGAUGUCAGAGACACACAGGCUGGAGUCCACCACUGACCUCUACACUGCCUUGGACAGAGUGCAUGAAUUCAUCCAGCUUAUGCAAGGUGAGACUGAGAGUGACCCCCACUGGGUGUAUUGCAGCAAGUUCCUCCUAGCUGGUCUCUGUCACCUCCUGGUGUGUCUGGAGAAAUUGGAUGGAAGGAGCCUCCCGAGUCCACAGGAGUACCAGCAGGCCCUCAACAUCACCAACCUGCUGGUUCGCAAGGCUGAGAUGGUCUUCAGCUGCCACUUGGCUUACUGCCCACCUCCCGUGAAGAAGAAGAAGAAGAGGUCAGCGGGCUGCUGGCUGCCCUGGUGGUGUGUGUUCCUAGGCUGGUUCCUGUUGCUGUCCAUCAGUGGAGUGUCCACUUUCUUCACCUUGUUGUAUGGCUUUCAGUACGGCAAAGAAAAGUCCAUCAAGUGGGUCAUAUCUCUGGGCCUCUCCCUCUUCCAGAGCAUCUUUAUACUGCAGCCUCUCAAGGUGAUAGGGGUUGCUGUCUUUUUCGCCCUUCUGCUGAAACCUGUAGCUGUGGAGGAGACUGAGGAAAUUGAGCAAGUGCUAUUAGAGCAACAAGACAAGUGUAGACGCUACUCUGGCAGGGACACUCUGUGAGGAAGCUGCAUUUAGCGGGAUGAGCUGUCUACUCCGAUGGGCACAGCUGCGAUCCACAGCACCCUUGUUUCUUAGACACUCUUUUGCAAUUAUUGGAAGUUUGACUUUCUGAAUAUAAAAUUACAUAACACAUUCUGGUGUUUUAUGUGUACAGAUUUUUUUUUACUUUCUCAAAUCAUUUAUUAUACAUGAUGAUGUCUGUGUAUAUAAAAGAACUGUCUGGUUAUUUAUUUUAGCCGGGAAUAGAUUGUUCUUUUUAUGCCAACAUACUAAAUUGGUAGAAUCCAUUACAGCUACAAGAGGCAAGUUAGUGUGUUUAGCUGUCAAACACAAGUUCUGUCAUGAGUUCUUUGAGUUAGGAAAAAAUGUCCUCAAUCCAAUAAAGUAAACAUAAUCCCACCAGUAAUGGAAUAGGUGAACUUCUGUCCUUUUGCUGAAUGUCAGUAUAGAUAUACUAUAUACAAAGUCUGUAAAAUCUGCAAAGAAUGUGCAUAUUUAUUUAUUUCUUCAUUUAAUUUGUCCAUAAUGUUUGACCUAAGUUAAUAUUGGCUUUAGUGGAGCAUUUUAGUGUUCUAUUAUUACUCUAAAUGCUAUUUCAUGGGCUCUAACACCGCAACAAAAGGAGGGAAUAAUGAAUUCUUGUUGUUUAAGCAUGAAAAUAAUAAAAAACUUUACGAUAUUUAUUAUUGGCACAAAUUAUUUGGUAUUUAGUCUAAAAAUACUGACAUGGUAAGCCCUCAAAGACCAAACCCAUGGGUGUCGACAUAACUAGUCUUGACAGCAUAUGAAGGCCAAACAUCGAUUAAGCAUGAACACAAACUUUCACUUUUUGAAGAGCAGGAGGUGCUUUUAUGUAAUUGCACAUAUGGUGGAUGAUUAUUAAUUGAUCACUUUUUUUCAUUUCACCUCCAUCACUGUAAUAUGCUGAAUGUGCAUGUCUUCUCAUCAUACAUGUCUCUUUCUAUGUGAUUCAGUUUGUCCUCCCUUUGAAUGAUUUAUGCUGCAGACUUAACUACAUUCAAGUUUGUGCUUCUGGUUUGAGAAUACAAGUAAGUCUGCAGACACUCGUCUGUCUUAGACCUUCUGUGCUUUAUUUAAUCAUAAGUAGAUUAUUUAUUUAUUGUUCUCAUUUAUUGAUACUGUAUGUAUUGUAUGUGUGUACUUGAAUAAACUGAUCUCUGUUAAAAUCUUAAUGUAUUCAUCUGUCAGUGACUUUUGACUGAAAGAGCUGCAGACAGACCGUGGCUGAAAAGUCUUAA